AAAUAAUAAAAUAUAUAUAAUAGUAAUAUGUCUAGAAUUAGUGAUUUUGAAAUACUCAGCCGUUUGGGUGAGGGUUCCUAUAGUUAAGUUUACAAAGUAAUCAGGAGGUCGGAUCAACAAAUUUAUGCCAUGAAGAAAGUUAAACUUUUCGAUUUGAAGGAAAAAGAAAAAGAAAAUGCUCUCAACGAAGUUAGAAUAUUGGCUUCAUUCGACGAUCCCAAUAUUAUUAAUUACAAGGAUGCUUUUAUCGAUGAUAAUAUGCUAUACAUAAUUAUGGAGUUCGCCACCUAAGGGGAUUUGCAGAAUAAAAUCAAACAGGCUGGUAAUCAAUUAUUCCCUGAAACUGAAAUAUGGAAGGCUUUAUUAUAAAUUACAAAAGGUCUCAAGAAAUUACAUGACAAUAAAAUUGUUCAUAGAGAUUUAAAAACUGCCAAUAUAUUUAUAUCCAAUGGCAAUUAUAAACUGGGAGAUUUGAAUGUCUCCAAAGUCACUAAGAAAGGACUUGCCUAUACAUAAACAGGAACUCCUUAUUAUGCAAGUCCAGAAGUAUGGAGAAACGAAGCAUACAACUCUAUGAGUGAUAUCUGGAGUCUGGGAUGUGUGAUCUAUGAAAUGGCUUCACUUAAACUACCUUUCAAGGCUCCCGACUUAUAAGCAUUAUGCAAUAAAAUAUAAAGAGGACUCUUUGAAUGCUUGCCUAAACAAUAUUCCAGAGAUUUAUAAUAAAUCAUCGUUCAAAUGGUCUAAGUCCAUCCCAUGAAGAGAUUGUCAUGCAAUCAAAUUUUACAAUCUCCUCUACUCAUCAACAAUUUAAAAGUAGUCCCACUCAUUGAAAAAUAAACCUCCAAAGCAGAAUUAUUAUAAACAAUCAAAUUACAACAAAUCCAACUCCCCAAAUCCAAUUACAAGGAAGAACCUAUCAAAAAAAGUUCUGAGUAACCUAAACUCAAUCAAAGAGCUCACAGUGCAUUACCUGGAUAAAUUAAAGACAGGAACUUAUCACCAAUUAAUAAUUAAGCAAACUAUCCAUCUGUUCCCAGAAAAAAAGGAGAACCACCCUCUACUCCCAGUACUAGAAUUCAAAGUAGUAUUCCAAGUUAAAGAGAGAAAGAAAAAAUUCUUUAAGAAUAACUGAAAAUAGAAAUCAAAAAAGAAUAACAAAAAUUAAUUGAUUAAAGGCAAUCUAUCAAAACUAGCAAUCAACCUAUAGCCACUGAAGCUAUUCGUCAAUAGAUUAUUCAAUCACACAGGAAGGAAGAUCAAAAAAAUGGUGAUUAACUGUAAAACUAAAGAUAAAAAUCAGUUGACACUAAAAAAGAAAGACUCAUUGUUUCUGCAUAACCCAAACAAUAAAUAUAUUAGACUGUUUAAGCCUAAGAAACACAAUAUCAGACUCAGCCUUCAGAAUUUAUUGUUGCAGGAUUAAAGAAUGUUAAUCCUCAAUCAAUUCAGUCGAUUUUAUGUCAACCCGUCUUAGAAAUUGGUGAAAGUCCUUUUCCACAAAGAGCCAAGGUUAAAAAAUAAGAAUAAAUUAAUAAUCACUAACAUUAUUUUCCAAUCUAAGAGGAGUUAUCUGAUCGCAAAAUAGUUAAAGGAAAAACUAAUAUAUGA